AAGAUUAAAGAUAAUAAUCAAAAUAUUUACUUAUCUACGUUAAGAAAAGGAUCAAAAUCAGACUGACUCAGUAGACCUGUUAAUCCAUUAUAAUGCCUAUAAAAUAAACUAGAAAGUAGGCGCUCUCUUGCAGAGACUUGAACAUUACUGUUUUACUAACUAAAUUAUUAGUCCUCUUCAAGAGUUUGACGAAAGAAAAUGCAUAUGAACAUGGAAGCAGAAAAGUGCGUUCUAGGAUAUCUCUGGCGCAACAUGACUCUGGUUCUUGUAAUUGCGUGGUUGCUCAACUUUAACUUCGUUUUUGGCUAUGCUCACGUUCAAGGAUUUGGGGAACAACCUCUCUCCAAAAUUGCCAUCCACAAAACCGUUGUUUCGCUUCAUUCUAGCGCCUCCAUUAAAGCCACCCCUGCUCUUCUCGGCUCGAAGGGUGAGGAUACUCAAUGGGUGACCGUAGAUGUUGAUUACCCUGAACCAUCUGUAGAUGAUUGGGUUGGAGUUUUCUCUCCUGCAAAGUUCAAUUCAUCAACCUGUCCACCUGUGAAUGACCCAAAAGAACAGACUCCAUACAUUUGCUCAGCCCCCAUAAAGUACAAGCUUGUGAAUUUCUCCAACUCACACUAUACAAAGACAGGAAAAGCUUCUUUGAAGUUCCAGUUGAUUAAUCAACGUGCAGAUUUUUCCUUUGCGCUAUUUUCAGGCGGAAUAUCAAAUCCUAAGCUUGUGUCAGUUUCUAAUUUCAUAUCAUUUGUCAAUCCUAAAGCACCUCUAUAUCCACGUCUUGCUCAAGGGAAGUCAUGGGAUGAAAUGACAGUUACCUGGACUAGUGGAUAUGACCUACAUGAAGCUAUCCCGUUUGUUGAGUGGGGUCCUAAGGGUAGAGCGCCAGUGCAAUCUCCUGCUGGAACAUUGACAUUUGGUCGUAACACCGUGUGUGGUUCCCCUGCACAAACUGUUGGUUGGCGUGACCCUGGUUUCAUACACACAAGUUUCCUCAAAGAUCUUUGGCCAAAUUUAGUGUAUACCUAUCGAUUAGGGCAUAUUUUGUCCAAUGGUUCAUAUAUUUGGAGCAAAAAAUAUUCAUUCAAGUCGUCACCUUAUCCUGGACAGGACUCACUGCAACGUGUUAUCAUAUUUGGUGACAUGGGCAAGGCUGAGCGUGAUGGUUCAAAUGAGUAUAGUAACUACCAACCUGGUUCACUUAACACCACUGACCAGCUCAUCAAGGAUUUAGAAAAUAUUGACAUUGUUUUCCACAUAGGAGAUAUAACUUAUGCAAAUGGAUACCUCUCACAGUGGGACCAAUUCACAGCUCAAGUGGAACCAAUUGCAUCGACAGUACCUUAUAUGAUUGCCAGCGGUAAUCAUGAACGUGAUUGGCCCAACACAGGAUCCUUUUAUGACACUACAGAUUCAGGUGGUGAAUGUGGAGUUUUGGCUCAGACCAUGUUUUUUGUUCCAGCUGAAAACAGAGCAAACUUUUGGUAUGGGACAGAUUAUGGCAUGUUUCGCUUCUGCAUAGCUGACACUGAGCAUGAUUGGAGAGAAGGAUCAGAACAAUACAAAUUCAUUGAGCAUUGCCUUGCAACAGUAGACAGACAGAAACAACCCUGGUUGAUUUUUGCUGCUCAUAGGGUGCUUGGAUAUUCAUCUAAUUUUUGGUAUGGGUUGGAGGGCUCAUUUGAAGAACCCAUGGGAAGGGAAAGUUUGCAAAAACUUUGGCAGAAAUAUAAAGUAGACAUUGCAUUUUAUGGUCAUAUCCAUAACUACGAGAGGACGUGCCCCAUUUAUCAGAAUCAAUGUGUGAAUACAGAAAAGUCUCACUAUUCAGGUGUUGUGAAUGGAACAAUUCACGUUGUUGUUGGAGGGGCAGGAAGCCACUUGUCAAACUUCAGCCAAGUAACCCCCAGUUGGAGUCUUUAUAGAGACUACGACUUUGGGUUUGUCAAAUUGACAGCAUUCAAUCAUUCAUCUCUCCUCUUUGAAUACAAGAAAAGCAGUGAUGGAAAGGUCUACGAUUCUUUUACCAUUUCAAGGGAUUAUAAAGAUGUCUUGGCCUGUGUGCAUGAUGGUUGUGAAGCAACCACUUCAGCAAAUUGAACUGCUUCGUUGUUCCUUCUGAUAGCUUUUCUUUUCUUUUCUGAAAAACUGUAUCCAUAACUUUGUCUCAUGGCUCAAACAUUUACAAUAUAUAUUAAGUAGCAUCAAGAAAAAGUUUAGUUACACCUUAUGCAACGAUUAAGCGUGGCCUGUGCAAUUCUUAU